AUGAACGGCGGCCUCACAAAUGGCGCCCAUGGCGGAUUCGGUGAGCGUGGCAAUUCGGCCACGCUCGACAAGGUUGACAAACUACGCGAACUCAUUGGCAGCCGGAUUUCACUUCCGCAGCUUGUCGUGGUAGGCGACCAAAGCUCCGGCAAGAGCUCGGUCCUCGAGGGCAUCACCGGAUUCGCAUUCCCACGGGACGCAGAGCUGUGUACUCGCUACGCGACUCAAAUCACCUGCCGUCGUGAGGAUUUCGAGUCCGUAGCUGUCAAAAUCAUCCCCCACGAGGACGCAAACCAGGACGAGGCUGCCAGGCUCAAGUGUUUUUCUCGCAAGUGGACCACGGCGAUGGAGAUGGAUAACGAAAGGCUCGGUGAAGUAUUCAGAGACGUCAAUCGAGAGCUUGGUCUCAGUUCCGGUCGUCGCAGUCCGGGCGAGCCCGAUUCCGGUAAAGCCUUCAGCCAACACCUGCUCAAGAUCGAAAUCUGCAGUCCCAAGCAAGAGCAUUUUACCGUCAUUGACGUGCCUGGUAUAUUCCGUACGGAAACGGUAGGUCUAACUACCGAGAGCGACAUGACUCUGGUUAGAAACAUGGUUAUGACCUACAUGAGAGAUCCCAGAACAAUCAUCCUCGCCAUAGUCCCAGCAAACGUCGACCCGGCCACCCAGGAGAUCCUAAGGCUGGCCAAGCAGGUUGACCCUGAUAUGAAGAGGACCAUGGGAGUCUUGACCAAGCCAGACCUUGCGGUCGAAGCAACCAUAAAGCAGAUUGCCAUCGACCAUGUAACCCGCAAGAGAGGCGAACUGACGUUGGGUUACUACAUUGUGAAAAACCGCGGCGCUGACGAUGUUGACAUGUCACUGGAAGAAGGCCUGCAAAAAGAAGAAGUCUUCUUCUCGAUGGAGCCCUGGUCGGUCUUGAAACGGACGUGCAGGACCGGAAACGGAGCCCUCAAGGCCCAAGUGCGCGCCCUCUUGACCGAUCUAGUCAAGAGCGAAUUCAAAAAGCUCAGGUCCGAAGUCGAGGGAGAGCUUCGGACACUGUCGGAUAAGGAGCGCGCAAUGGGGCCUCAGAGGUCAGACCCCAACGCGCAGCGGGCCUAUCUCGGCAAUCUGUGCGACCAGUUCCAGUCCAUCACUCGCGACGCCCUGAGCGGCAAUUACACACAGCAUGCCGGAUUCUUUGCCCAUGACUCCCACCGGCUCAUCACCCGCAUCGUGGAGCUGGACGAGCAGUUUUCGGCUGGAAUAUCGCGACAGGGUCACACCAGAGCAUUUUACGAAAAGGUGACUUCUGUGCCGGCUGCAUCAAAGAAGGGCAAGAAGAAGAAAGCCCCCGCCGAAGCGUCUGAGCCUACGCCUAUACCUGAGCCUAUGCCUGUGCCUGAGCCCGAGCCUGAGAUCGAGCCUUUCGAGCCUGAGCCUCCCAUGCCAGAGCCCAUCGAGCCUGAUCGAUCCUGGUCGGAGACCAGUCCCCAGUCCUGGAAUAUCAAGAAUAGGGGUAAUAAUACAUUGUUCGAUUGGGAAACUUAUGGUUCAUUAGCAAGAGUGUUCCCUGUCAUCAGGAAACUGCCUGCACUCAACGACAGCAAGGCUCUAAUAAAAAUCUUCAGUGCCAUAUCAAACUCAUCCCAGAGCAGCGAGAGCAUUAUGAAGUACAUUCGCAAUGUUUACACCAACAGUCGGACUGCUGACCUGGGCACGUUCAAUGGAUCGCUGCUUGCGACCAUCUUCAUAGAGCAGUCCAAAAACUGGGAAGCACUCACGAGAACGUACAUCGGGAUUGCCAUCCGCAUAAUUGAAAGCUUUCUCAAAGAAGCCAUCAGAGAAAUCUGCCGAGACUCCCAGCUGGAGGACACCUUGUGCGAAGGCUACCUGCGAGAUCACGUCGUGAACUGCUUCGACCGUGCUCGCAAGCACGCAAAUUCCCUUUUGGACAUGGAGCGUGGAUGCGCCCCGUGGACGGUCAACCACUACUUCAACGACAAUCUCACAAAGGCGCAGGGGGACCGCCUGAUAACCAAUAUCAGACAGGUGGCAGGCGCGCCAUUGAACGUGUUAAAGGAAAACGUUGAGCAGGUUGCGUACGUGCUUACCGAGGCGCAGCUGCAGAGCAUAGCGACCCACAAUCAGAGCAAUGCCGAACAUAUGCAGGAGUAUAUCCACGACGUGCUCAAGAGCUAUUACAAGGUUGCCAUGAAGCGUUUCAUCGACAAUAUAUCCUUGUAUGUUGUUCACCACGACCUGCUCUACGCCGAAGAUGGCCCGUUGAAUGUAUUCAACUCCAAAUUUGUGCACAGUCUAGACGAGUUCCAGUUGGACCAGCUUGCUGGUGAAAACAGCCUGGUGAAAGCAGAGAGGGAGAAGCUUUCACAGGACAUUGAGAACUUUGGGGCCGCCCUAAGGGUACUCAGGGGUACCCCGGCCAAGGGUGGCUACUAG